AUGGAGAUUUUCCUUUCUUCGUCUGCAGUGCUGAAUUGCAAGCAGCUCCAGCAGGGCCGGAAGUCCAGUGAUGUCAUGGCACAGUGCACCUUGAGCUCUUGUCCCGUCGUUUACGGCGUCGAGCUCGACAGGCACGAUGUCGGAGAGAUGAAAUGGUUUUGGCAGCAGCGAGAACGCCGUCGAUUAGACCAGGAAACCGGGUGA